AUGGGCUUACUAACGCUUGGGACGCCAUUAUCGUGGAAUGAAACAGUACCCUACGUUGAUUAUAUUAAAAAACACGGUAUCGCACAGUUCAUUGCUCUCUAUCAUCGACUAAAAGGACGUGAAGGUGAUCAGCUAAAGUGGGGAGAUGAAAUUGAAUAUACAAUUGUUAAAUUUGAUGAUGAUGCAAAAAAGGUUCGAGUAAGUUUACGAGCAGAAGAACUUCUUAAUCAACUGCAAGCUGGUGAAGAACUGAACGCAUUAUUAGGUAAUGAAAACUGUUGCUUGUGGCGUCCCGAAUUUGCGGCAUACAUGAUUGAAGGAACACCGGGAGCACCUUAUGGAGGCCUGUUGGCAUGCUUUAAUGUCGUAGAAAGUAACAUGAUAUCUCGUCGUGCUGAAGUUACACGAUUACUGAAGGAUGAUGAAUCGAUUAUGUCAAUAUCAUUCCCAGCUCUAGGUACUCCAGAUUUCACCUCACCUUCGUAUGAACCACAUCCAGACGAUGCUAACAGCUAUGGUUGCUCGGUGUUCUUCCCUGACGAAGCAAUUUACGCAGGGCAUCCCAGAUUUCGGAAUUUGGUAAGAAAUAUCAGACAGCGCCGUGGUGAAAAAGUUGCCAUAAAUGUACCAAUAUAUAAAGAUAUCAAUACACCAAAUCCAUAUCAGGAAAAUUUUACGCAAGCAAAAGAUGGAGGUCAGUUUACACGAGCUGCAAAACCAGAUCAUAUUUAUAUGGAUCACAUGGGUUUUGGAAUGGGUUGUUGUUGUUUGCAAGUCACUUUUCAGGCUGUCAAUAUUGAUGAAGCACGUUGGUUAUAUGACCAAUUGACACCUGUGACACCAGUAUUACUGGCAUUAUCAGCUGCAACACCUGUUUUUCGAUCACGAUUGGCUGAUGUUGACUCUCGCUGGGAUGUCAUAUCAGCAAGUGUUGACGAUCGUACAGCUGAAGAAAGAGGUUUGGUGCCGUUGAAGAAUAAUAAAUUUGUAAUAGGAAAGAGCCGAUAUGAUGCUACUGAUUGUUAUAUUUAUCCAUGUUCUGAAUCAUAUAACGAUAUACCGCUUCAGUAUGACGAUAAGAUUUACAAGCAGUUAAUAGAUGGCGGAAUUGAUAAACUUCUUGCCCAACACAUUGCACAUAUGUUUAUUCGCGAUCCUUUACAGGUAUAUCGUGAACGUAUCGAACAAGAUGAUAUGAAAACAACUGAACAUUUUGAAACAGUUCAAAGUUCGAAUUGGAUGAAUAUGCGUUUCAAGCCACCUCCACCCGACUCACCAGAAAUUGGUUGGCGUGUCGAAUUUCGACCAACUGAAGUGCAACUAACAGAUUUUGAAAAUGCAGCUUAUUGUUGUUUUGUUGUACUUUUAACAAGGGUAAUGAUAUCAUUUCGUAUCACUUUGAUCUUACCUAUUUCUGCUGUUACGGAGAAUAUGAAACGUGCACAGCGUCGAAAUGCUAUAAUGGAACAAAAACUACUUUUUCGUAAAGGUAUUGCAACUUGCAACUCACCACCGUGUGCCAGAGGCGCUGGUUGCACGUCUGAUUCUGACGAUGUGGUGGAGAUGACUGUUAAUGAAAUCAUUAACGGGAACGGUGGCGAUUUUCCAGGAUUAAUACCAUUAAUGCGUCAAUAUUUGGAUAGUGCUGACGUUGAUGUAGAUUCACGAUGCACUGUAUCUCAGUACCUAAGCUUCAUACAGAAACGAGCUUCUGGUGAGUUACAAACGUUAGCUACUUGGAUAAGGGAAUUUAUUCGUGAACAUCCUGAUUAUAAACAUGAUUCAUACGUAGGCGAUCGUAUUGUCUACGACAUGUUGAAAAAGAUGGAUAGCAUAUCAAAAGGAUUAACGUGCUGUCCGAAGUUGCUGGGUGAUUAUCGUACAAAAACCGACUCACGUAUACCGUUGGCAGUUCGUCGAGCCGAAGAAAGCCUGAUUGUGAGCCGUAAGAAACAAAUUCGCUGA